AUGGCUUCAAAUCGUACCCGCCGGAUCACCAAAGAGAUCGCCGAUAUCCACGCCGACCGUCAUUCGCAAAUCUCGGUAGACCCGGUUUCGGAUGAUGAUCUUACACGCCUAAAGGGUACUUUCCCAGGGCCACCAGGCACCGCCUACGAGGGAGGGACAUUCAAAAUCGACAUCUCCAUCCCCACCGAGUACCCCUUCCGCCCCCCGGUCAUGAAGUUCGACACCAAGGUCUGGCACCCAAAUAUCAGCAGUCAGACAGGUGCCAUCUGUCUGGACACACUCUCAUCGGCCUGGUCGCCUGUCCUAACCAUAAAAUCCGCUCUCCUCUCCCUCCAGUCUCUCCUCAGCACGCCGGAGCCUCGAGACCCUCAGGAUGCAGAGGUUGCCCGUAUGCUUCUCACAGAUCCAAAGGAGUACGAACGGGUCGCGAGAGAGUGGUCGGUGAUGCACGCUGGAGCCCCGCGCAAACACACCGGUGAGGGGAGCGGCGGUGCCACCGAUGAGUCCAUUAGGAGAAAGGCUCUCAAAGCCAAGGAGGAGGAGCAGCGUGAGAAGCUAGCAGCGUACGAGGGAUACAACAAGAAUCUCAUUGACCGUUUCUGCAGCAUGGGCUUCGAUGUUCCUCGCGUUGUCUCUGCCUUUAAGUACGUCGGCAUCGACCCCAUGGACGGCGAUGACUACGAACUCGAGGAGGCAUACAUGGGUGACAUCACAGCCCGUCUCCUCGGCGAACCAUGA